AUGUCGAUUUCCUUCUCGCAACAGCUGCUCAUUUCCAUGUUGCUCAUUCUUCUUGUUUCGGUCUACUUAUACUUCAGGUCUACUAUUAGAUCAAAAAAGUCCUCAGAGCCGUCCACAAACUGGCCAAUCGUGCACAUGUUGCCUGCAAUCGUUGCAAACCUGCAUAACUUGCUUGAUUUUUUCACCGCGAAUCUCGCCCAAGCAGGACACAACUUUAGCUUACCUAUUCCACAGAGGAACAUCUUUCUGACUUGCGACCCUGCAAACAUCCGGCACAUCUUCACAACAAACCACACAAACUUCCCCAAGGGCCCGGAGUUUGCAGCUAUCUUCAACAGCAUGGAUCGAGGCAUCUUCACAGUCGACGGUGAGUCAUGGCGUCUGCAGCGUGCGAAAUUCCAGAGCGUGAUCAGCAGCCCACGGUUGGUGGCCAGUAUGGUGGCUUGCUGCCAUGACAAGGUAAAGAAUGGCCUCCUCCCCUUGUUUACCAACAUGGCGAGUAGCAGCACGCCAUUUGACAUGCAAGAAGUAAUUGCGAGGUUUGUGUUUGACCUGGCCGCCACGCCUCUCUUCGGCGUCGACCCUAGCCUCUUGUCCCCGGACAUGCCGCCUAUGGAGGUUGCGGUUGCCAUGGACACUGUCAUGGAUGUAGCCCUUUUUCGGCACAUCGUGCCGGCCUCUUGCUGGAAGGCUAUGAGGUGGUUGAACAUCGGCCCCGAGAGAAAGCUCAAUAUGGCUCAUAGGGUGAUACGAAGGUUCUUCAUGGAGAUGAUCGAGAGGAAAAGGGUCAAUGGGGGACAUCUUUGUAAUGAUGGGGAGCAACAGCGUGUGGAUGUCCUGUCUUCCUACAUCAACGACCCAGACUACGCCGAUGAUGACGUGCUCCGUGCAAAGCUCCUUAGCAUCAUGUUCGGUGGGAGGGACACAAUUGGGUUUACCCUGCCAUGGAUGUUCUACAGCCUUACUCGGAACCCUAAAAUCAUUUCAAUCAUGCGCAAUGAACUCUCACCCAUUGCAUCACACAAAGUAGCAACAGGUACAAGUGACAUGGUUAUAUUUGAGCCAGAGGAGACCAAAUCUCUGGUCUAUCUGAAAGCUGUCUUGUACGAGACACUCAGAUUGUACCCACCAAUACCAAUAGAGCGCAAGACUGUUGUUGCAGAUGCCAUCAUGCCGAGUGGUCAUCAGGUACAUGCCGGCGAAACUGUCCUUAUUUCUCUCCACUCCAUGGCGAGAAUGGAGGCCAUUUGGGGCGAAGACUGUCGGGACUAUAAUCCAGAUAGGUGGCUCUCCGAAGACGGCAACAAGCUGAGAUAUGUGCCAUCUCACAAGUUCUUGUCCUUCAAUUCAGGCCCGAGGAUGUGCCCCGGAAAGGAAAUCGCUGUUGUGCAGCUGGCAACUGUGGUGGCAGCGGUAGUUUGGAACUUUGAUAUGGAGCUGGUGGAAGGGCAGAGCAUCCAGCCGAAGCUGUCUUGUACACUGCAGAUGAAGAAUGGUCUCACAAUGAUACUGAAGAAGCGGGAAAUAUAA